GCUUUCAAACUGGCCCGCUUUACUGAGAGCCGGGAGAGAGAUCCAGAGAGAUCUGUCCCGGUCCCAUCUCUUCUCUGGCUCCCAUCUGGGCGGAGCCGCAAGAAAAAGGGCGCCGAGGGAGGGUGCGAGGGGCGACCCGCUGAAAAGCCGACAAGGAAGCGAGGAUCGCCUUGGACAGCCCUGCGCGCCUUUGGAAAGGCAGCCGCGGUCGGGUUGCAUUUCAGCACCUCGGACAGCUCCCCGCGCCUCUCCGACGGGCGCCGGCGCCUGAGCGCGAAGGGCGCCCCCUGGGGGCGGGCAAAGGCGGGAAGCAGGAAGGGCGGGAGAGUGGGGAGCCCGCCCUGCCCUACAGCGGUCCCUCCCCACCCCACCCCCCAACAUACACACGUGCUGCCACCUGGAGCGGGAGCGGACGCGGCUAGACGGAGCGAGCCAGAGCGGCGAUCGAAGGAGCCUCCUGCGCUCCGGUGCUUCCGGCUGCCCGCCCCAUGGAGCGCGCCCCGCUUCGCCCCUAGCGCGACUGGAGCCCGGCGGGGAUGGCGUCUCCCGGAGAUCUGGAGUCCGCGCCCUCCAGGGUGCCGGCCACCAAGGUGGAACUCACCGUCUCCUGCAGUUGUGAUUCUUUACAUCCAAGGAACUGCGGACAAGGAAUGGAGAGAGUUUGGUCGCACGGAGGUGAUCGACAACACGCUGAACCCAGAGUUUGUCCGGAAAUUUGUGCUUGACUAUUACUUUGAGGAGAAGCAGAACCUUCGUUUCGAUGUCUACAAUGUGGACUCCAAGACUAGCAACCUUCCCAAAAGCGGCUUCCUAGGACAGGCCUACAUAGCCCUGGGCGAGGUCAUCGGCUCCCAAAGGGGUCGCCUGGAGCGGCCCCUCACGGGGGUUCCAGGCAAGAAGUGCGGCACAAUUGUGCUGUUUGCUGAGGAGCUUAGCAAUUGUCGGGACAUUAUCACCAUGCAGCUGUGUGCGAACAAGCUGGACAAGAAGGAUUUCUUUGGCAAAUCCGACCCCUUCCUUGUCUUCUACCGCAGCAACGAGGAUGGCACGUUCACCAUCUGCCACAAGACGGAGGUCGUGAAGAACAACCUGAAUCCCGUGUGGCAGCCAUUUUCCAUCCCUGUGCGGGCCCUGUGCAAUGGGGACUAUGACAGGACGGUGAAGAUUGACGUCUUUGACUGGGACCGGGAUGGCAGCCAUGAUUUUAUCGGGGAGUUUGCCACAAGCUACAGAGAGCUCUCUCGGGCCCAGAACCAGUUCACCGUCUAUGAGGUUUCUAAUCCUAGGAAGAAAUGCAAGAAGAAAAAAUACGUUAACUCUGGGACAGUAACGCUGCUGUCCUUCGCAGUGCAGUCGGAAUACACCUUUGUCGACUACAUUCGAGGCGGGACACAGCUGAAUUUCACCGUCGCCAUUGAUUUCACCGCCUCCAACGGGAUUCCCUCCCAGCCCACCUCCCUCCAUUACAUGAGCCCCUACCAGCUCAGCUCCUACGCCAUGGCUCUGAAGGCCGUUGGAGAAAUCAUCCAGGACUACGACAGCGACAAGCUUUUCCCUGCCUACGGCUUCGGAGCCAAAGUCCCGCCGGACGGCAAGGUGUCCCACCAGUUCCCUUUGAAUCACAACCCAGACAACCCCAGCUGCGAGGGCAUUGAGGGAGUGCUGGAAUCUUAUUUCCACAGCUUACGCACAGUGCAGCUAUACGGACCCACCAACUUUGCGCCAGUCAUCAACCAGGUGGCACGGUUGGCGGCCCAGGAGACCGACGGGUCCCAAUAUUACGUCCUGCUCAUCAUCACGGACGGAGUCAUCUCUGACAUGCUGCAAACCAAGGAAGCCAUUGUCAGCGCCUCGUCUUUGCCAAUGUCUAUCAUCAUCGUGGGAGUAGGGCCGGCUGAUUUUCUGGCUAUGGAAGAGCUGGACGGAGAUGAAGUGCGAGUCUCCUCCAGGGGGCGCUAUGCUGAGAGAGACAUUGUGCAGUUUGUGCCAUUCCGGGAUUACGUGGACCAUUCUGGGAACCACGUGUUGAGCAUGGCACGCCUGGCAAAGGACGUCCUGGCUGAAAUCCCCGAGCAGCUCCUCUCCUACAUGAAGACCCGCGACAUCAAGCCCCUUUCUGCUAGUCCGCAGUAGCUCCGCCUUCUGCCGUAGCCUGAGCCAAUGAGGGCGUUCCGCUCCGGCUGGGACUGAGACGACUCCUACCAAUUGGGCAACGUUGGCUGUCCCCAAUGGGCCGGGUGGCUGGGACAGCUCUCUCUGUGGGAGGUGGGCCGGGGCGUGACCUCCCUGCCUGGCACAGGUGCCCUCGGAGAUGCCAGCACAAAAGCAUGAACCCACCCAGAAUCUCCCAAGGGAUGGCACCAGAGUUCACAAACCAGCCCUUGGCAAGGGGCACGGACCAGGAAGGAGUUUGGAAGGAAGACUGCAUUUCGCUGAGGGCAGCCAGGGACGAUGUUUUUCUUCAGGUUCGCUAAAUAAGGCGCCACCGAGUUCUGUUUCUGCCUGGUUAUCGACAAUAAACCAUCCUUGGUCCCAGG